AAGAAAGGUAUACAUAGGUGGUGGAUGGCGGCGUCGCCGGGGAUUGGUGGAGAGAGGCAGUCGUCCGGUCAUGCGCGCAGUCAGGCUCAAGUCAGUUGCAUUCCUCAGGCCGUGUGUGUGUACACUACGCUACAGUACGGCAGACCAGCGAGUAGCGUGGUGUGCGCGAGUCGUUGCCGCACGGGCCCGAGCGCGUUUUUUAACUGACGCACGAUCGACGCUUUAAAAGUCUGUUAUUUAGUCGCAAGUGCAAUUACAGUGCGGUUAUUCAACAUUGCGCGAGUUGGCAAGUGUUGAUCGAAGAUCGAGAAACAAGGACGGUGGAAGUUGUUGAGUUGUGAGCACAGGGUUGCCAGGUUGUAUAGUGGCUACCAGGUGAGCGCGCUCUCUGUGCCUUUCGCUUACCUGCCUGCGCGAGAGGGGCCAGCAGCGCCUGCUACCUUACACUCUCUAUACGGUUUCAUAUAUACGCUCUUCCACGCUAAUACGCUACAGUCCGUGCGUUACUCGACACAUAGAGAGUACCUUUGCCCUUAAACGACGCCACGGCAUUUUUGUCCGUCGUCCUCGGGCAAAUUAAAGUUAAACGAAGCUCCGUACAACCGCAUGUAUGCGUGGACGAGCAACGUGAUUAUCGCUCGGCUGAUAACAGCCAAGCGAUAACAACAGUGGUCUAUGCACACCUGCACAAUUUUCGUGCCAUUCGAGAAAGAAAAGUGAGAGAUAAGAAUUUUCGCAAAGAUGCGCCGCCGGUUUGCUUGGUGUAGCCUCGAAGCAGCAGCAGCUUCCAUCACGAUCGGUGGUGCUCUACUAUUGUGCCCUACGUAAAAUUUUUCCGAUUGUGUCAAACCUCUUCUCAGCGCAAGAAGAACACAAAACAAGAAGGUGCGCGAGUGCGCGGGCCAAAGUGUUAGUGCGACGAAGAAAGAGAAAAAAAGGAAGAAUGGGCAAGAAGCCAGGGAAGGGACUCUGUCCGGGGGACGAACAACCUAGACGAAUGAGCAGGAGCCUUGUCGUGCAGGUUACCGUGAUCCUUGGUUUUGUAUGCUGCCUCGGUGGGACUGUUACGGCAACCGCGGAGUCGCUGCAGGAGCCGCGAUUCAGCACGCAGCCCUCGAGCAGCGGUGGCAUUCUCAGCGAGAACCGAACGAAAAUUUUCCAGUGCCAAGCUGGAGGCAAUCCGCAACCAAAGUACAGGUGGUUCAAAGACGGCCGGCCGCUCACGAGCGAGCUCACGUCCGAGUACUUCUAUCGCAUUCACAACACGCGCCGGGAGGACUCGGGCGUGUACUACUGCAUGGCGACCAACGUAGUCGGCUCCAUCUUCAGCGAGAGGAUAUCAUUCUCCGUGGCCUACAUGGGCGAGUUCGAAGACCUGAGCGAGCGAGGAGUGUCGGUGGGCUCGGGCAGCGCGGCGGUGCUGGAGAUGCCGCACAUCGACAGUCAUCCGGCGCCGGAAGUGAUUUGGUCGACUUCCGAGGGCACGAUACCCUACACCAUCAAGUACGCCACGGUUCACCAGAAGCUCAUCAUUCUCAACGCAUCCGAGGGUGACGAGGACACUUACAGAGCCAAAGCCAUCAAUACGCAGCUCGGCAAGGAGGAGAACAGUCCGUUCUUCAAGCUCAAAGUGGUGGGCGAUCCCUUGGCCGAGGUGGCGCCGACGAUCGUCGUAAGGCCCGAGGAUACGAAAAUCAUCAAAGACCAAGGCAUGACGUAUUUGCACUGCAUCGCUAAUGCCAGGUCCCUGCAUGAGUUAAGAACCGUCUGGACGAAGGACGACAUUCCGAUCGAGGAUACCAGAUUGGCCUUCAACUACAAGGACUCGUGGAACAGGACGCUCAUGCUCAUAUCGGCCAAUCCCGACUACAAGGGCAUCUACGCGUGUCACGUCGAUCUCAGGAGCGGCGGCUACCCGACCAUCAGUGCCAGCGCCAAAGUCGACGUACUCGAGAAACCAAGCUUCCUGACCGAGCUAAAGAGGGUAACGCUGAGCGAGUACGGGACCACGGUAACGCUGCCUUGCGACGCUGACGGCGAGCCGAAACCUACCAUUCAAUGGUUUCGCAACGCCGAGCCCGUUGACAGACUGCUAGGAACGAGAUACGCUAUGCAAGAAGACGGAUCGCUGACGAUUAAGAAGCUGACGAUGGACGACUCGGGCAUGUUCCAAUGUUUGGCGACUAACGAGGCUGGAGAAGCUACCACGUACACCUGGCUCAAAGCUAAAAAAAGAUCGAAAACAGCGAUGAAAGAGAAAAAGAGAACGGCUCGUCGAGCCGCCGGUUAUGGUAUCGUCGGAGUGCGCCAGGAUAACCGUCGCUUUCAGUUCUUUCAAUAUCCAGACCCUUCGAUACCAAUCAUGGAAAUUCCUCCGGAAAAUUCGACUGUCUUGGACGGCAAAGAUGCGAUUCUCAACUGUCGAGCAAUAGCCGCACCAGUGCCAAAUGUAACGUGGAUGUAUAACGAUACGAUGCCGGUGGAAAUAGUCGGUCGAGUGCGAGUUUCGGAGAGCGGCGAUCUAUUGAUAGCCGAUGUGAAGCCGAGCGACGCUGGAAAAUACACUUGCAUUCGUGCAAACGACGCCGGUUCCGUAAAUGCAUCGGCUUACGUUUCAGUGCUUGUGAGAACGCAGAUAAUCCAACCGCCGGUCGACCAGUCGGUUCUUCUCGGACACACAGCGGAGCUCAAGUGCGAGGUAUCAAAUGAUCCCAGUGUCAAAUUCGACAUCGCUUGGUUCCAUAAUUCUCAAGUGAUAAACACACGAGCGAGCCCGAGAGUGAAGAUGCUGUCGGACGGCACAUUGGAGAUCGGAGCGGUGAGAGCAUCGGACGUGGGCGAGUACAUGUGCUCGGUAGUCUCGCCUGGUGGCAAUGAGACACGUACGGCGCGUCUGAGCGUGAUCGAGCUUCCAUUCGCACCGAUCAACGUCGUGGCCACGCGAGUCGAAGAAAUCUCGCCGAGAACCAUCAACGUCACUUGGGUGCCCGGCUUCGAUGGCAAUAGUCCUAUCAAGUCGUUCAUCGUUCAGAGACGGGAGGUGCCCGAGCUCGAGAUCUGGAUACAUUCGCGAAACCACUAUCACUUUGCAGGCCCACUACCCGACUUCUCGCUCAACUGGGUUACCGAGUACUCCAAUAUUUCGGCCAAUAGCCGUUGGGUACUGUUCGACAAUCUCAAAGCCGCGGCGGCGUACCAGUUUCGCGUUAGCGCUGAGAAUAGCGUCGGCGAAGGACCAAGCUCUGAGCCUAGCGAUCCCGUUGUAUUACCUCAAGAACCACCCUCGGGUCCACCUUUGGGUUUUGUUGGUUCGGCGCGCUCGUCGUCCGAAAUCAUAACCCAAUGGCAACCACCAGCGGAGGAGCACCGCAAUGGACACAUAUUGGGCUACGUACUACGCUACAAACUGCAUGGUUACAACGAGACUCCUUGGAUGAUUCAAAAUAUCACUAAUGAGGCGCAGAAGAACUUCUUGAUUACCGAUCUUAUCACCUGGAAGGAUUACAUAGUACAGAUUGCGGCUUAUAAUGAUAAAGGCGUCGGAAUGUUUACCAAUGAACUGCGAAUCAAAACCAAGGAAGGAGUGCCGGAAGCUCCGCCGACUGACGUCAGAGUGAAGGCUAUCAAUUCGACAGCUAUCAAAGUCUGGUGGAAACCCCCGAAUCCGCAGAAAAUCAACGGAAUCAAUCAGGGCUACAAGCUGCAAGCCUGGCAUAAUGGUGGCUUUGUCGAGGAGAACGAGUACAAGUCUAUGACUGUAGCUCCUAAUCUGUUCGAUCCACAGGCUGAACAAAGUGCAAUCAUGGCGAAUCUGAGGAAGUAUAACGUUUACAAUAUCACCGUGUUAUGCUUCACUAACCCCGGCGAUGGAGAGAGAAGCAUGCCCGUUACUAUUCGUACUAGUGAAGAUGUUCCUGGAAAAGUGGAGAAUCUUCAGUUUCUCAAUAUAAGUGAUCGAGCCUUGACUGUAAAGUGGAAGCCACCCAAAGAGAUUAAUGGAAUACUCACAUUUUAUCAAUUGAAAUAUAUGAUCAAGGACCGUCCCGACACUAUGAGAGUGCUUAAUUUCACUGCCAAAAUUUUGUCUACGAAAAUUGAACAACUUCAGGCUACGACGCAUUACACGUUCGAAGUAUUGGCGUGGACAUCAAAGGGGCCAGGCGAGCCAAGUAUUGCGACUAUUCAAUCUGGUGUCGAGCCAGUGCUACCCGAGCCUCCGACAAAGUUGGCUCUAUCGAAUAUCGACGCGUUUUCUAUAGUUUUGCAAUUUACCCCGGGAUUCAAUGGCAAUGCAUCUAUUUCUAAGUGGAUAGUGCAGGCACAAACCGCUCGAAAUACAACGUGGCACACAAUAUCGGAAAUCUAUGACCCCGAUGCCAAGAAGAUAACGGUAGAGGGUCUAACUCCUUUCAUGCAAUACAAACUGCGACUGAUAGCUAAUAAUGUUGUGGGACCUUCUGCGCCAUCGGAGCCAACAAAAGAAUUCCAAACCAUUCAAGCUCCGCCGUCUCAUCCCCCUAGAAAUGUGACCGUUAGGGCUAUGAGCGCAACCGAAUUGAGAGUCAGAUGGAUCCCGUUGCAGCAAGUUGAAUGGUAUGGCAAUCCACGUGGUUACAACAUUACAUAUACCGCAGUACGUACCAACAAAUCCAAAAGCAUUAGUAUUGACGAUCAUACUGCCAAUUCGUACGUGCUCGAAAACAUGGAGGAAUUUGCUUUGUACGAAAUUUACAUGCACGCCUAUAAUGAUGUUGGUUCGAGUACUUUGAGUCCUAAGGCCGUUGAAAGAACUCGUGAAUCAGUGCCAUCACUCGGGCCUGUCAACGUCGAAGCUAAUGCAACAUCUUCUACAACAAUUGUCGUUAAGUGGGGUGAAGUACCGAUUGAGCAUCAAAAUGGUCAAAUUGAAGGAUACAAAGUAUAUUACAGAGCGAAUAAUCGAUCACCAUUCCAGUAUAAAAGUAUUCCGAGUAACUCUACUUUCACAACUACUCUGACUGAAUUGCGGAAAUAUGUUCAAUAUCAUAUACAAGUUUUGGCAUACACUAGACUAGGUGACGGGGCUUUGAGUAUGCCUCCGAUCAGAAUUCAAACUUUCGAAGAUGUACCUGGCCCACCGUCUAAUGUAUCAUUACCGGACGUGAGCUUCAGUUCAGCUCGAAUUAUCUGGGACACUCCUGAAGAUCCAAAUGGAGAAAUUCUCGCAUUCAAAGUAAUGUUUCAUUUAAAUGGAAGUCUUGAUCACCAAUUUUCCAAAGAAUUUUCUUCAACUACUAGAACAUUUACAGCUAACAAUUUGGAACCGGAAAGAUAUUAUAUGUUUUCGGUAACGGCUCAAAGUCGUUUGGGUUGGGGUAAGACUGCUUAUGCCUUAGUUUUAACAACUAAUAAUAGAGAAAGACCGCAACCUCCCUCAGCGCCACACGUGAGCAGAUCUCAAAUACAAAGUCGACAGAUUACAUUUAGUUGGACUCCAGGACGAGAUGGUUUUGCGCCUUUGAGAUAUUAUACGGUUCAACAAUCGGAGAACUCAGGGCCUUUCCAAAUGACACCCGAAAGAGUCGACCCAUCGUUAACGUCUUACACUGCCAAUAACUUAAAGCCAUUUACCUUAUAUCAAUUUAGAAUUCAAGCUACUAACGAUAUAGGUCCUUCUGCGUGGAGCGGAGAAUCUAUUCAAGUUAAAACUUUGCCAACAGCUCCAUCUCGAGGAGUUACGGACUUGAAAGUUGUACCAAUAACAACGUCAAGUAUAGAAGUUCACUGGAGUCCAAUCGAUGAAUUAUAUUGGAGUGGUGAUCAUUCGACAGGAGGUUAUCGUGUUUUUUAUCAACCUCUUUCUGAUUUUCCGACUGCUCUACCUGGGCCUCCAAAAGAAGAAAUUAUGGGAAUCAACGAGACAAAAAUAACAUUGAGUGAUUUAACCGAAGACAAAUAUUAUGAAGUCAUUGUUGUUCCAUUCAAUUCUGAGGGUGAAGGACCCCAAAGUCUUCCAGUUACAGUAUAUGUUGGUGAAGCCAUUCCCACCGGGGAACCACAAAACGUUACAGUAAAUCCAAUCUCUUCCACUGAAGUGCAGCUUCGAUGGAAACCUCCUCAGGCUAAUAUGCAGAACGGUGAACUUUUAGGAUAUAAGAUAUUCUACUUUGUAACGGAUUCGCCGCAAGAGUUGGAGGAGAAGCAGGAGGAAGAGAUUGAAGUAGUACCUGCUUCGUACUCUACUCAUAGUUUAGUAUUUUUAGACAAAUAUACCGAAUACCGAAUUCAAGUAUUGGCUUUCAAUCCGGCUGGUGAUGGCCCGAGAUCACCUCCUAUCACCGUUAGAACAAAGCCGGAUAUACCUGGUCCACCCCAAAACUUACAGUUCAGCGAAAUAACAUUAACGAGCUUGCGCGUUACGUGGGACCCACCUAAAAUGCGCAAUGGAGAAAUUGUAGGAUAUGUGGUAUCCUAUAAAACUUCGGAACAAAAUGAUCGUUUUAGUAAGCAAGUCCGACAAAAGGUCACAGAAACAAAUUUGCUCGUUCAACCACUCGAAGAAAAAGUGACUUACACAUUUUCUGUGCAAGCAGAAACAAUUGAUCUCGGGCCACCGACGUCUGGUAACGUUACUACCGGACCUCAAGAAGGCUCCCCAAUGGCACCCACUGCUCUAGUGAUUACAAAAACUGGCUCCAGUGUAGAUUUAGCAUGGACGAAUGGUGCUACUGGCAAAGGCGCGAUAUUAGGCUAUUACAUUGAAACUAAGAGCAAAGCAAGGGAAGAUUGGCAGCAUUAUGACAGUCAGUGGCAGACUAUUGAUCGAACGACGAACGGAUGGUUGACUGAGUACAGUGUGUCAUUCCAAAAAUUACUUCCUUCGACGUCCUAUCUGUUUAGAGUAAUAGCUUACAAUCAAUACGGAAUUAGUUAUCCUGCCUUUUCCAAGGAAACGAUUAUUACGCCUUCGAAACUGCACAGAGAAUACGCGUAUCUACAGCUACACCCUUUCUACAGACAGACCUGGUUCAUGGUCACUCUAGCAGCUUCUUCAGUCGUCAUAAUAAUUAUGGUAAUAGCAGUGCUUUGCGUUAAGAGCAAAAGUUACAAGUACAAACAAGAAGCCCAGAAAGCGCUGGAGGAGUCAAUGGCCAUGGAUAUCGAGGACCGCCACGAGUCGGAUAUGGAACUGUACCGCUCGCGACAAAGCGGUGGUAUCUCGAGCAUGAGCAAUGGUUGUGGCACGCUGGGUAAGAGAAGUACAUUGAGUCGCAAGCCCAUGCAUCCACCACCUCCUGCUGUCUACGGCAAGUCACCGCCAAGGCCGUCACCUGCUUCUGUUGCUUAUCACAGCGAUGAGGAAAGUCUCAAGGGUUACGACGAGAACCCCGACGAUAGCAGUGUCACUGAAAAACCAUCGGAAAUCAGCUCUACCGACUCGCAGGCGUCUGAGAGCGAAAAUGAAAGUGUGCAGUCGGACCCACACUCCUUUGUCAAUCACUAUGCCAAUGUGAAUGACUCACUGCGACAAUCGUGGAAGCGACAAAAACCUGUACGAAAUUACUCGUCGUAUACCGAUUCCGAACCUGAAGGUAGCGCAGUCGUGAGUUUGAACGGUGGACAAAUCAUCAUGAACAAUAUGGCAAGGUCGAGAGCACCACUGCCUGGCUUUUCUUCCUUUGUUUGACGAGUUCGCGCCUAUUUUUGUGUCCAAGCUGAGAUAUUUAUUUAAACUGUGUUAUCGAGAUGAAAGCCAAGAUUAGCACUUACUUGACUUCUCUUUUUUUCAAAUGACACGCACGCACGCGCGCGGCUUUACAAGAAUAUGUCGUUUGACUAAGUGACAACAAAAUUCUGUUGAUGCUGACAUUUUUAAAUGUACAUGUAUCCGAAGCUUGUGGCGAAUUCUUAUUGUGAUAUAUCGUUAUGUACAUGUGUUAUUUGUAAUUAUUAUUUUUCUUUUACGGCGUUUAUAGUGCAAGAGCGAUCAAACUUUAGUUAGCAUACAUUCUAUUCGAUAAUUAUUUUUGUUCUCAAACACUAUAUGGGUAAUUCUUGGCUAUUUCGAUUGACUUGUAACCCUUAGGUUGCAGAUUUUUUUUAAUUUGGCACAAUUGUACACAUCAAAGUGAGAUUUUUCCCAAAUUUUGAAGACGAUACAUUAAUUAUAUCAAAAGUUAUUAACAAUUCAAGAAAAAUGAUAAAAAAUUUUCAAACGGCUAUAUUUUAAAAAUUAAUAAAUAUAUCGAAGUCGGAUUUUUUUGAAAAUACUUAUAAUGCCUUAAAAUUUCAAAAUAAUUACAAUAAUAAACAAUAAACAAUUUUUUUCGAAAGAUAUUAUCUUUUUGUUUAAACAAUUGCUAAUAUCUCAAAAAGUAUAUUUUUUUUCUGAAAAAUUCUUGCUCCUGCGUGUUCCUCAGGAUUUUUGCUAUCGAAAUCAAUCAUAAAAUUCAAGGGCCCGACAUAUUGGAAAGCGUAACCUUAAUCAAAAGAAGACGCCUCGGCGUAAGGCUGCGGUAGGGCUCCAGCAGACUCACGGUCGAAAGGCACUUUAGCUUUAAUCUAAAAAACUAAUAAAGAUACCGAAGCCGGAUUUUUUCCAAAAUACUUAUAAUGCCUUAAAAUUUCGAAAUAAUUACAAUAAUAAACAAUAAACAAUUUUUUCGAAAGAUAUUAACUUUUUGUUUAAACAAUUGCUAUAUCUCAAAAAGUAUAUUUUUUUUUUAAAUUCUUGCUCCUGCGUUUUCCUGAGGAUUUUUGCUAUCGAAAUCAAUCAUAAAAUUCAAGGGCCCGACAUAUCGGAAGACGUAGCCCUAAUCAAAAGAAGAUGCCUCGGUGUAUGUCGCAACGACAGCGGGACGUCUUCGUGGUCUUACGCUGAGGCGUCUUCUUUUGAUUAAGGCUAUGCUUUCCGAUAUGUCGGGCCCUCGAAUUUUAUGAUUGAUUUCGAUAGCAAAAAUCUUCAGGAACACGCAGGAGCAAGAAUUUUUCAAAACAAAAAUAUACUUUUUGAGAUAUUAGCAAUUGUUUAAACAAAAAGUUAAUAACUUUCGAAAAAAUUUGUUUAUUGUUUAUUGUUGUAAUUAUUUCGAAAUUUUAAGGCAUUAUAAGUAUUUUCAAAAAAAUCCGACUUCGAUAUCUUUAUUAGUUUUUAAAAUAUAGCCGUUUGAAAAUUUUUUAUCAUUUUUCUUGAAUUGUUAAUAACUUUUGAUAUAAUUAAUGUAUCGUCUUCAAAAUUUGGGAAAAAUCUUACUUUUAUGUGUACAACAAUUGUGCCAAAUUAAAAAAAAUCCGUAACCUAAGGCUUACAAGUCAAUCGAAAUAGCCAAGAAUUACUCAUAUACUUUGCGUUUGCUCUUUAUUUACCGCUUUUAUAGCUACUGAUUUACAAUUAUUAAUUAAGUUCGUAAACGAAUUGUUCGAUUUAGUUUAAGAGAGCUUACGAGAAGUAAACAUUUUUUUACUUUCAUAGUCAAAAUAAGCACUUCAUUAUUUAAUUUUAUGAGAGAUUUCCAAUUUUCGAAAAGAAAUUUUAUAAUAGAUACUUAUUAUAUUUGAUGAUUCAUUUCACAUACGAUUAUAGACAUUUUUUAUUUAGAUGACAGGGUAGCGUUGAUAUGUACGAAAAAUGUACAUAUUUGUCAGUCAAUGACGUAGUGUAGUUUUUGCAUUUUGUUUUUUAAAUUUCAGCUUCUGUGAUUUAAAUAGGUAUUUAAAUGCACUUCAAAAGCGAUUAAUCCAUAUCAUUGUCGUGGACAAAUAAAGCAGCAGUUGCCUUAUAAAAACUUGGAACAUAGAGAACGUCAAAAUGCGUCUCUGAUUCUUAUUUAAAAUUAGCAAUGUAAUCUACCCUUCUAUUAAAAAAUGAAAAAUGGGAUUGUAUUGCGUAUGAUUUAAAUCUCUUAGAUACAAUAAUAACAACAAAAUAAAUGACUGUUAAUAGUAAUAUAUGCUAUAAAUAACAAAAAUGAUGUUUCCAAACAAGUCUGAAAGUUGCAUUGUUGCAUAAUGUAGUUUCAAAUGUACAUGGUAAACUUUACUUUUGUUUCAUGAAUAUCUUUAUUCAUACUAGCUUAUAAAGAAAUGUUAGACACUAGUAUUUGACAAAAAAUACUAAUUCUUGUACUUAUCAGUUUGAUAUGAAAUUUUUUUUUACUUUGAAAACAUAUACUUAAAAAAAUACUUUCUUAUUCAUUACAAUACAAUACAAACUGGUAAGUGACAUAUCUGAAUUUACAAGCUCUUUGUUAUCAAAUAAUGUUAGUUUGAAAAUUUAAUGUAAAAUAAAUGCGAGUGUAACAUGCAUUCAUUCUUGUAAAGAGCUUCGAGGAUUAUUGUAUAAAAAAAGGCUGAUGAAACUGCAAUAGAUUAUAAGGUUUCUAACAGUAUCAAUUCUGCUCUUUACGAAAAGUGUAUCAAAGCGCAGGCUUGUAUUGAAGAAGUUUAUCUAUUACGUAAUAAUUAUAAUUAAAAAUGUAGUAUAAUAUUUAUUACCGUUGAUUAACGAGUUUUAAGUAUUGCCUGUCAAUCGAAAUAUCAAUUGAUCAACACAUUUUUCUGCAAGGCCAAGAUCAUGUGUCUGAAUGUGAAAAUCAUAUCUCGCGUUUAUAUAAAAGUUAUAACUCAAGUUUUAAUAUUGAGUACACAUAACAUAGAGCUUAAUUAGAAUAUAUAAAAUACCACCGUUUGGUGUUUUUUAUAAUAAAUUGUUAAUUUAAAAGCUUGCAAGCUUUUGAAUCGCUGCCAAUAAACUCUUUUAUGUUCAAAUUUUUUAUUAUUUAUACAAUAAUGCAAUAAGAAGUGAAAAAACUGAUUUAAUACGAAUUUGUAAUAAAAAAUUUG